UGUUCCAGGUACAUUUUGUAUGGAAUGAUUGUUAACCCCUCAUCUGUUGUCAACUCGUUGUGUUGUUAGACAUUAGUCAUAAUCGUUGUUUGGACAUGCAAGGUUUUGUUCCCAGAAAUAUAUACAGUAGAACCAAUAAUAUAGGGGUCAAACGAUACAGCAAGGUCACUAUACGAUACGUAUCACGAUACGUAUUAGGUCACGAUACGAUACGUAUCGCGAUACCCAUAUUUAGGUCAAAUCGCGUGGAAACUCGAUAUUUCAGAGCAAGCCCAAAAGGUAACAGUUGCAGCAGACACAUGUUCGAAGCCGCUAUGUUUGUGAGUGAACUUUAAAGCCUAACUUCAAAACAUCUGCGAUACUUAACUGGCAAAAAACACUGGGAGUUAUUAAACGAGUGGUAAGUUUAGCAAGACAGUGUAUCGUCUAAGCUGAUUCCUUUGAGCGUCGUCAACUUGCGCCAAGCUACAUUGUGAUAUUGGAGACGGGGCCCAGCUUAGUGUGUCUUGUAUCGAUAUAAACUGGUUCCACUGUUGGUACGCGACGCAAGUUUAGUUUUGGUAGACAGGACCCCAGUCUAGUAUCGACACAGAAUAUAUAACGUUUAGUGUAUCGUAUCGUCGCAUGAUAACUAACGGUGCACCAUGUAUUCAAGGUAUAACAGAUUUCCCAGUCGUGAUCAAUCUUGUCAUUCCGGUAAAGGAUAUCAUUUGUGACAAUUAUUCCAGCACAAGAAGGUUACGGAAAGGGGCAGUUUACGGAAAGCAGCGAGAAGCGGCGAUCGCUGAUGGAUCUCCAUGGAGACCAUUGCCACUUCCGUUAUUCACAAACGACGCCAUUUUGGUUGUUGCUGCUGCACUUUGUUUCCACGUCUGUGUUUACAUUUUGCUCUUUAUCCCGCACGUAUCGAACGUUCUUCACGAUGUAUGCCACUGUUGCUUUGGUUUAUCAUCAAGCUCAGGAUGAUCUUCACAGGUUUAGGACCUACCAGGCCCCCGUCACCCAAAAGACUCUUCCUGUCCCUGAUCCUCGCACCAGUGUCUUCACCAUCACUGUCAACCCCCUCUCAUCCCAGCCCGAACCCCAGACCUCCCUCCCUGCCCUCAGAGCCCGCCCUCAAGUUGUGGAGAUAGAUCUUGGUGAAGAAUCCAAGCAGCCCCAGUCGUGCUCGGCCGUCCUUGUGUCCUGUGUGAAAUACAUGUUCCAGAGUUUCUUCACGGAGAGAUAGACUUUGGAUUUGUUUGCUGUGCCAAUGUUGUGUGAACUACUAGUUUUAGGACCUUUCGGAUGAACCAUUUGGACUAUUUUGGACUAUUUUUGAUAACAUACACUUUGUUUCAUACAUGAAUUAAAAUUUAUAUAAUAUUCUGCUUAAAAUGUAUGUGAUAAACGCUGUUGCUUGAAGAACGUGUCUUGUACAUUCAUGUUUUCUGCAUUCCUUUUUAUGAAAACUGAAAGCGAGAGAUGGCUUCAUAGGCGGCCCAUGCCAAAUUGUCGCUAAAACUAACCUAUCGUUAUUUUAAGAGUUUGUAAAAUGGGGAUUGGGUAGAUGAAAUGUUGCUUGAUUUUUAAGGAUUUGUUCACUAUGUCAGCGCAGAAAAAUCAAAACAUCAAAACCUCGAAGGAGGUCGAGCUCCCGCCCAAAGACUCCACGCCAAGCAGUCGCUGCAGCUAAGCAGUCGUUAUUUAAGAGAUCAUUACAAUGAGGAUCGGAUGGUUACACGGUCGGAACUCCUAAUUGAAAUAACUCAUGUUUUCCAUGCUGCAAUUAUCUCUUACAGAGCCCGAGAUUGAAAUGUGAACGUUGAACUAACACGUAUCAUGCCUGUUGGUAAACACAAAUCUUGCUGAGUGAAUCUGAACAGCUAUUAUUGAUGGAAAAUAUCAGUUAAAAAAUGGAUAAAAGCUUAAUUAAUUAUGUUUUGUUACCUCACCAAAAUAUUCCAAGAUCGUAAUGAUUCAAGUAUACAAGUUACAGUUAUCACAAGUCGCAUGUGAUUUCUCGUCCCUAUAAAAUAUUACAGUUUACAGAUUUUUUGAUCCGGGGGGUCCAAGGUCAUUCCGACCGUCACAGUCAAGGGCUUUUACCUACCAAUGUCUACAGGAUCGUUCUAGAAUCGAUCCUAUAUGAUUAUUAAGUAUUCCUAUGCUUUAAUUACUUAUAUCGCAUUUCGACAGCUCUAGGAGAUGUGGCGUCCUCGGCAUUCAUUCUGGGUCACGCGACUUCCGGGAUGUAUUCAUUACAUUACAUGGAUCCAGUUCUGGUUUCAGCCAACUUCGUACACUUUCAAGUUUCAAAGUUUAUUGUACAAUUUCAUUAUUUUAACAGUUCAGAUAUAUCAAUCGUGGGAGGGAUACAGACAAGUACCGGAUUCCAGAGCCACGAUGUGACAGACAAUGACGAGCGACUGAUGUUUCCAGUACAGUUGACAGCCGGUAUCAUGUCCGGCGAUCUCGGGAUAUUGUACAAGAUUUUUCAGUUCAGUGAUUUAUUAAUAAAGUCGUUAUUGAACCU